CCGAUCGAUAUCAUGAGGAAGUGGCUUCUGUUAGCGUGUGCCGUGGUGGCUUUCAGUUCCGUUUGUGGUGAUCUUGGUUUAAAAAUAGGAAUACCGUCUCUAUCGGCCUCGGUGAAGAGUUCUAUUGGAAAUGGCAUUAGCAUUAUUACAGCGGCGAAUGCUAGUUUUACGGUGAAUGCAACGCUAGAUUCCAGUGGUGCUGUCGCGGCCUUAAGACUUGUGGUGGCAGAUUUUGUGCUACCUCUGGGCAGUCUGCUUACCGGAAUUCAAAGUGCGACUACAAACACUUCGGGUUAUACCGCUGACGUGAUUACAACACUGGAUGGGCUCGUAACGACGGCGUCGACAGCUCUCGGAACCGCAAUGACGGACGCAGCUACACUAGCAACUACAACCCGACCGGCAUGGUACAGUAGUUUGACGACUGGCUUGACUAACCUAUCGACCUUGGUCAGCAGUCUCACAAGUGUUUUCGACGCAAUUGGGAUAUUGCUAACGACAAUCAGCUCGGCUACAUACGCGUAUACGCCAUCUAAUGUUACUAAAGUUAUCACUUCUACCGUAGUCGGUACCAUUACAACCCCCUUAACGUACAUCGCCGGUAAUUUGACGAGCAUUGGAUCGGCAAUUACCGCGAUCGGUAAGGACAAACAAACCACCGUCAUACUGGUCGCGGCAGCUAACGCAACGAUCACCAAAGAUUCGAAUGCGUUGGCAGUGGUCUCAACCGCUUUCAACAAAUCGGCCACAGAUUUACAGAGUGCUAUCAUUGCCCUUUCUGCAACGAGUCUUGCCGCGAUCAAUACUUCCUAUAGCACCAUACUGGCUCGGUCAGCUCUCUACAAUGGAGGAGUGGCAACAAAUCUGACGACCUUUUUGUACGGAAAUCUUGCGGUUAACUCUACCGCAAUGGCAACGGUAGUUUCCAGUACCCAAAACACGACGAGUACGGUUUAUGCCACCCUGAGUACGGAGAUGUCAAAUGUUGCCACGGCUCUGAUAGCGGGACUCGCGAAUAUCACCAAUGUAACGUCGACCAGUUCUAGCAAAUAUGCCAGCAUGUGCCAAGCCAAAUAUGGAUCGCUUUAUAAACAGCCGGAUCUUUCUUUGUCCCGACUAGCACCUUGUCUUCAGCUGGAAACUGCCGGGUUCAACACGUUACUCCAAGCGGUCGGUACUCAAUUCAAUGCUCUGGUCUCGGCUGUUGGUGUAUCGGCUCUAAGAUUGAAUCUCUGCACUGUUACCAACGGAAACUGUAGCGUUUCGUAUUUUGCCGACUUUCCCUCGUUCACCGAUCGAGCAACCGCAGUUUACACUAUAAUUACGACACUGGUAAGUGUCAGUGAAACAGUUCUUACUGGCCGUGCCAGCAACUGCCUGGUCGCCGUUUCGAACGAUAUUCAGGACAACUCGCAACUCACACAGAAUCAAUUCGGAGCAUGUUUGACGACCGGUACUUGAAUGAUCCUUAGGAAUUGAAAUACAAAGGAAUUAGUUCUAUCGAACGAUAAUACAAUUCUGAUACAUUAGAA